AUGGAUAGCUUCCAAGAUUUAACAAGAAUGGAAGUGGACGUCGAAGUCGAGGAUACACCAUCAACUCAACAACUCACAGAGUUCCCACUCUUUUCUCAACUCCCCACCGAGUUAAGGUUAAAAAUUUGGGGUUUCACCAGGGUUCCACGACUUCUCGAAGAAAAGCAUUGCAGAAAAGAUAAAUAUCUGGAUGAAUAUGGACAACCGGUUUCGAGACCAAACUACCCUCUCAACAUUGUACUUACUGUCCCUGCACUCAAUGUCUGUCGAGAAAGUAGAGCUGAGUUAACGAGCUCCUAUCAAAGCAUUGCCUUCACCGAGGAGCACUGCCGGAGACUUUGGGUCUCUCAGGAAGGCGAUGGUAGUCUCAAACCCAAAGUCCUUUUCAAUCCGGAUCAAGAUAUCCUCCACUACGACUCUCUCCGCUCGAGAUCCGACUCGAGUUUGGCCUCAUUACGAAGCGAGAAUGCCCUAGAUUGGUUGUACGCGCAAGAAGAAAGACCCUGGGUCAUCUUCUUCCAAUUCAUCAAGAAAAUCCAAGUCACUCCACGCGUGUUCAUCGAUCAAACAUCGAUAGACAGAGGAUUGGGCCAUAAUGCAGACUUUGAGUCGCAGGAUCCUACCGAACGUGAACCCAUGCUUUUCACAUAUUUCCAGUUCGAUCGCCUAGAGCAGUUCAUCGUUCAAGACUUUGAUUGCAAGUUUCCUCACCAGCUUGAUUGCGAAGAACAGAGAUACCAGUGGAGGAGAGUACUGGAUGAUAUGUUCAGAAAUGAAGUCAAAUACGAUAACACAAGGAUCGGGGUCGAUGAUGGUGACUACAGGAUUCCAGAACUCAUUAUUCAUCCAGGAAAGAAGAUUAAGUCACCUUGCGAAGACUGCGUGGCAGCUCGCAAGCAAGCGAAGACCAGGAGGAUUCGUGGUAUCAGAUCGGAUCGAGUUUAA